ACCUCUUUUCGAUAUUUUCUAAAUUCAUAUUCCUUCUUCUCUCUACUUCCACACGCACGCACACUUCGUCACUGUAUACUCUCUCUAUUUCCUUUCAUUCUUCUUCUUCUCAAUUUUCCAAAACCCUAAUCUCACCAUCUCCAAUCCAUCUGAAAAUUUGUCGACGGCAUAACAUCUGUGUGAAGUUAUUAUAAGUAAUUCUGGACAUCUCAACUAAUUAAGGAACAAAUCAGCAUGCGUUGGUUGGGUCGUUUAGUUGAUGUAUACCGCCAAGUUGUACGCUUGAACUUAUACUGUAGAGUUAUUCUCUAGAUCAUCAUUCUUUUGGUGUGAGCAUUGAAUUUAGAUUGAUUGAGUAGCUAGUGUAGUGAGGAUCAAAAGAAGUUAUGGUAGGCAAAGCAGCGAGUCAGACAAGAUUCCGGGCAUUGAAACAUUGGAAUGGCGUUGAAGGUGAACCAACAAUUAUUGUUAGAGUGAUAGCAUGCUUUCAACCAUUGCAUGAUUGUCAGGCUGAGUACUUCCGUCAAUUGCUUAAGCCUAUCACAUAACUGCUCUACAUUUAUUUUUUCUUAAAGCUGGAAUUUGUAGUUUUCUUUUUCUGUCAUUUGUUCCGAAGAGAAGCAACAAGUUAUUGAAGAUCCCAUAUCCAAGAACCCAAGCAUUGAGUGAUUGAUUCUAUUGUUCUUUAGAAUCAUUUUUUGGGUUGGAUGGUUAAGGCCCAUGAGUCUUGGCCUUGCCCACAGCAUGUGGCUUGGCCAUCACAUUAUUUGAAUUGCGACAGCGCGUUGCCGGAUCCUAGUAUGUGUGGUCAUUCGGCAAAUCUAAACCCUAGUACAUGCACAUUUCCUUCUGUCAGUGCAUUUCCGGGAUUCACAAGUCUUGCUACCCCAAGCCUGCAGACUGAUCAAACCAAUGAAGUGCAAGGGUUCCUUCAGGAUCCCAAAACAGAACCAUGUUUGAAAGAAACACAUACUAGUGGGGCUAUGCAAAACACAAAUCCUGCAUCUUUGCAGAAGAAGUUUAUUAUUUUUGACCGGUCUGGUAAUAAGACAAGGUUGUUUUAUAGUCCUAUCUUCUCACUUGUCCAGAGUCCAAUUGGUACUACUACGCAAUUCGCUCAAGCAUGUGAUGUAAAUCUGGAUGGACAGGCAACUAAUUUUGGUCAGAAACGUUUUCCGAAAUACAGUUCGCCCGAAGAGUCAGAUCAGGAUCAUGUAGUUAACGAAGAAAGUGAAAUGCAUGAAGACACAGAAGAAAUCAAUGCAUUGCUUUAUUCUGAUGAUUAUGAUUCUGAUGAUGACGGCGACGGUGACGGUGACGAAGAGGUAACAAGUACAGGCCAUUCUCCAUUGGCUAAUCAAAUGACUUAUUUGAUACAAGAACAAAUCAAGGACACAAAGGAGGAUGUUGCUAGCUCUGAUUGGCCAAACAAAAGACAUAAGUUAAUUGACGGUAGGUACACAAGUUUACCACCACCUGUGGACAGUGCUAGUUCAGUAAGACUAAACAAAUCAUGUGACAGUGUCAGUGAUGCCGAGUCAAAGUAUUCUUCUGGCGAAAUGUAUUUCGCCAGGCAAACUGAAGAAGAUAAUUCAGCAGUUGGCGAUAUUCAAUUGAAAAGGCAUAAAAUCCGUGAAACAUUGAGAAUUCUUGAGAACUUAACUCCUGGAGCAAAAGGAAAGCAUCCACUGCUAGUCAUCGAUGAAACUAUUGAUUACUUAAAAUCUUUGAUGUCCCAAAGUGGUAUGCUUGGGGUGAAAUAUCACUAAAUAACAUGUCGUCUAAAAGGUAAAAUUCGUUGUGUUCUUAGCUUUGUUGCAUGGUAAGUCUGAACUUAGCAUGGUUUCUUCUGUUAUUCUGAUUCUCAAGGUAUAUUUAUGAUUUAGAAAUAAAGGUGCAAAAGCAGCUAAAUACAUCAGAACUGCAAGUAUUGCACUUUGGCACUGUAAAAUGUAAAAGAAGAAAAAUGGGAUUUGGGAGUACUAUUAAUUUGUUGACCAAAACUUUAAGCUUUGGGAGAUAAAAGGUCACAUAUAGAUUGAAUAGACAGGGGAAUGGUUAGUGGAUGGGUGUGCUGUAAAUGAUGACACUUUCUUUAUUUCCCUAAAGAAGUGUUGAAAUUUGUUUGUGAUUAUAUGCAUGCGUGUUAGGUAACCUGGGGUCCCACUUUCCACCCUGCUACUUUUGAUUCUGGAUUUUAUGCUUUUGUCCUCUCUUCAAAGUGGCACAAGAAAGUUUCUGAUGUUAGGGAGCGUGGUGUUUGAUUUCAUCAUGAGUUGAUGGGUCCCUUUUUGUUGAAUAGCAAUAUCAUCAAUUGUUGUUUAAGGUUACUUUGUUUUACGUAUUGUGUGGGUGGAAUCAUAGGCAAUUCCAUUUUCUACGUUGUCAUUGAGAGGUGUGUGUGUUUGUUGAGUAAUCCAUUUCAGGUUUCAUUUUCAUGAUGCUAUUUUUUUGUUGGUUGAGUGAUUGUAUGAAUAAUUGGAGUGUCAAUGUUGUGGCAGUGCUCUAUUCUAUGUUGGUUUUCUUGUGUGUUUUAUCUUUUGUAAAUCAUUUUACUAAGAAUCCAUGAAUCCUAAUUUCCUCUGUUUUCUUGUA